AUGUCGAAAAAAAAGGUAUAUGUUGUUAUGGACAGACAAGAAGAACGCCAUGAUCAACCAUGGUCAUCGUAUCAUAUUGAAACAUCUAAACGGUUAGAUGUAAUUUACGAAAGGUUGAAAGAAUCAGGACUAUUCGAUGAUACUCGAAUCGAACAUCUUCCAAGACGAGAAGCUACAGAGAAAGAGAUUCAAUCGGUGCACACGAAGAGAUACGUUGAAAAUGUCAAAUCGACUGAAACAAUGGAUGCCGACCAACAGGAAGCUUUCUGUUCGAAGUACGAAGACAUUUUUGUAAAUUCUGCCACGUGGAAGCGCGCCAAGCUUGCUGCCGGCAGUGCAAUUGAUCUGGUGACAGCCGUUGCCAUCAACAGAAUACCUGGAAUUGCAUUCAUCCGACCACCGGGACAUCAUGCGAUGCCUGAUGAAGGAUGCGGAUUUUGUAUCUUCAAUAACGUGGCAAUCGCUGCAAAGGAAGCUCUCCGAUGUGGAUUUGCCAAGAAAGUGAUGAUUGUUGACUACGAUGUACAUGCUGCGAAUGGAACACAAGAAUGCAUUGAAUCAAUGGGAGACAAUGUCCGUCUCAUUAGUAUUCAUCGGUACGAGAAUGGGAAUUUCUGGCCGAAUAUGCCACAAACCGGAAUUUAUCACAACUACACAAACACAAUGAAUCUACCAUUGAACACCACUGGCCUUAUUGAUUCAGACUACUGUGCACUUUUCAGCCACAUCAUUAUUCCAUCCAUCCACAGUUUCGAACCCGAUCUCAUAAUUGUAUCAUCUGGAUUUGAUGCGUCACUCGGAGAUCCGGAAGGUUAUAUGAAUGUGACUCCUGCUGGGUUCGCAACAAUGAUUCGGAUGAUGAUGAACACUGGAAUUCCUGUAGCAGCUGUUCUGGAAGGAGGAUACUUUCUGGAAGCAUUGGCUGCUGAUUCGGAAUGGGUGUUGAAGGCUCUUCUUGGAGAACCAAUUCCUCCAAUUAAUCUGGAACUUAUCAAUCCUGCGAUUGCUGAUACGAUUUCUCGUGUUUUGUCGAAAUACGAGGAUACCUCAUUUUUCCGGAAAGUUCAAGAGCUUCGAAAGUUAAUUGGUCAAAGUCUUAUCGAGGCGGAUGUGAAGCAAACGGACUACAAAGGAGAACGAACUGUACAUGCACCAUAUGAUACUCGAGGGAUCUACACACCCUUUGCGGAUGAGAAAGUCAACAAAUUCAAGGAUUUAUUAGGGUCCCUUCUCCAGAGUUACGAAUCUAUUGAGAAGCCUGAUAUUCCUUCUGUGUUCAAGUACGUGAACACCGACGAUAACUUGUUGGAUGUACAGGAUGGACAUCUCUUGAUAGGACCAGGAAAAGCAAUCAAGCUAUUUGUCGAGCUCCUUUUUAUAUCUGCGUUUGAUCCUCAAUUCGUUUCGGAUUCGUUUCUUGAUGUCAAAGACACCAACUUCGAUUCCAUUCGGUUUGGUGACGGGCUUCGAAACCUUGACAGUAUUCCAGCAUUCAAGAACUUGCCCCUUUUCCAAUUGUGA